AUGAAAGGCUUCCUCGGCCUAACACUGCUCCCGCUGCUGGCAGCUGCCUCUCCCACUUGGACGGGAUCUAUCCACAACGGGGCAGCUCCCAUCCUUUCCUCCACGAGUGCCCAGGAGAUUCCGGACUCCUAUAUCAUCGUGUUUAAGAAGCAUGUUGGUGCUUCGGCUGCGGCCGCUCAUCACAGCUGGGUGCAGGACAUCCACACCGACAACGUCCGCAUGGAGCUGAAGAAGCGUUCCCUCUUCGGCUUCGAUAACGAUCCCUACUUGGGUCUGAAGCAUACCUUCCACGUCGCUGGCUCGUUGAUGGGUUAUGCUGGCCACUUCCACGAAGAUGUCAUCGAGCAGGUCCGCCGGCAUCCGGAUGUCGAGUACAUUGAGAAGGACUCGGAGGUCCACCACUUCGCGGACCCAGCCAUUGAGAAGAACGCUCCUUGGGGUCUGGCACGUAUCUCUCACCGUGACAGCCUCUCCUUCGGUAGCUUCAACAAGUACCUGUAUGCCGAGGAUGGCGGUGAGGGUGUUGAUGCCUACGUGAUUGACACCGGUACCAACGUUGACCACGUUGACUUUGAGGGCCGUGCCACCUGGGGCAAGACCGUCCCCCAGGGUGACCAGGAUGAGGAUGGCAACGGCCACGGUACUCACUGCUCUGGCACCAUCGCCGGUAAGAAGUACGGUGUUGCCAAGAAGGCCAACGUCUACGCUGUCAAGGUCCUCCGCUCCAACGGCUCUGGUACCAUGUCCGAUGUCGUGAAGGGUGUUGAGUGGGCCGCCGAGGCUCACAUCAAGAAGUCCAAGGAUGCCAAGGACGGCAAGGUCAAGGGCUUCAAGGGUAGCGUUGCCAACAUGUCCCUGGGUGGUGGCAGCUCUCGUACUCUUGACCUCGCUGUGAACGCCGCCGUUGAUGCUGGUAUCCACUUCGCUGUCGCUGCCGGUAACGACAAUGCCGAUGCUUGCAACUACUCCCCUGCUGCCGCUGAGAAGGCCGUCACCGUCGGUGCCUCCACCCUGGCUGAUGAGCGUGCCUACUUCUCCAACUACGGCAAGUGCACUGACAUUUUCGCCCCCGGUUUGAACAUUCUCUCCACCUGGAUCGGCAGCAAGUACGCCGUCAACACCAUUUCCGGAACUUCCAUGGCCUCUCCCCACAUUGCCGGUCUGUUGGCCUACUACGUCUCUCUCCAGCCUUCGUCCGACUCUGCUUUCGCUGUUGAGGAGAUCACUCCCAAGAAGCUCAAGAACGCUCUGAUCACCGUCGCUACCUCUGGCGCUCUUACGGACAUUCCCUCUGAUACUCCUAACCUCCUCGCUUGGAACGGUGGUGGUUCUUCCAACUACACCGAGAUCCUCGCCAAGGGUGGCUACAAGGCCGGUGCCACUGGCUCCGUCAAGGACCGUCUUGACGAGCUCGUCGGCCAGGUUGAGGAAGUCCUGGCCAAGGAGCAGAAGGUCCUGAGCCACGAGCUCGGUGCCAUCUACAGCGAGAUCAAGGACGCUGUCAGCGCUUAG